GAAAUUCAUGUUUCUCUAAUUCAAAAUUCUCUUAUUUUUUCUUUUAUGUUCUCUUAUGAUUUCGUAAUGUGUUUGCGCUUCUUAAUUGGUUCUACACAAUCCUUUGACAACACAACACAUGCUACAAAACUACAUGACAUGCAACACAUCUACCAAAUCUACCCACACUUUCUCUUCUUCAUUGUGAUGAAGCAGUUCCUCAAACCUGUUGGCGUAUCUAAAACUUCGGUAGUCAAUCGUUCGUUUGAUGAAAUGGGCAAUGUUAUGUGGCAGCAAGAGGCUGCAGAAUUUGUCGAAAAAUAUCCCCAGCGACGUCGUCCAAAAUCUGCAGCAUUGCUUCUUAGGCAAAGUGCUUCGGCUGGUACUCUAUAUCGAAAGCCUGAUGCUUGCAUGCCCACCCUGAACAAGAGAGCCAGUGGCGGAGAACUUUUGACACCACAGCAUAGACAUCAGCGUGAUAUGUUCAGCGGUGAUUUGGGCAUACCAGAUGUUAAUAGCCAUGUCGGCAGUGUGGUUCACACAUUCGAGACCAUGGCCAUGCAACGCCAACUGGCCGAAAGGCAGAGGGCCCAACGCGAACAUGAACACAGUAAGUAUUUGGUUGAGUUGUUGGCCAUGCAAGCGGCAGCGGCAGCAAUUGCGGCCACCACCAACACAACAACAGCACCAACUACCAAACCAUCGACUACACCACCAACGUCAUCCAAAAGAACAUUCAUACAAUGUGGCACAACCACCAGCAACCAUAGUAACAGUUCCAAAUUGCAACAACUAAAAAAGAAAACUCAAGAAACACGACAAAAGAUAGUUCAGCAUAUACUGCAACAAACACCCAUACAUCUACAUACGCUAACCAUGCAUGCAAUUGAAAAUAAUCCUAAGAAACCUGCAACUCCUCGUCACAUUGUCUUAGGUCCAUUUCAAGCCUCCUCUAACUCUGAGGUUUACUAUGGUAACAUAGACGAUGACUAUCGCAAGAAUCUCUUUGGCACCUUGGGCCAAAGGAAGGUGGCACCCUUUGAAGAUAUUCCAACGCAAACUAAUGAAAUGGACUCCAAUAGUUUUUGUGAAGAUACGCAAGUUGUGAACCAGGCCUUCGACGAAAUAUUUGAGGGUUAUAGUGGUCUGGAGGAGGAAGACGAUAUCAAAGAUAAGCAAACCGAUAGCCUAGCUCCCCCCGACCAGACGCCAGCUACAAAUUUCAUGAAUUUAUAUGCUCGUCCGGGCUUAACGCCCAAAAAGCUACCAGCCAUCUCACACAAAAAAGGCCCCCCUCCACCGCCUCCAAAGGCUGGAUCGUCUUCUGGUCAAACUAAACGUAAGAUAAUGCCAUUUUCCGAAAACAAACAAAGAUCCUCCACCUUUCAUAAUCUUAUAGAACGAUUGAAGACCCCACCGCGCAAGUCACCCACCCCCCUCAAUCAAUUGGGCAAAACUUCUUCGGAUAGUUUGCUUAAAAUUGACCCCUUACCCAUGCCAUCAAAUAAAUAUCUGCACAAAUUCCCUGCCCAUUUGCAUCUCAAUCGUGAGGUGGAGGGGCAAGAAAGUCCCAGUAGCCAAGAUCAAGAUUUCCUACGUGGAUCUACACUUUCACAAUCCUUUGUUCGCCAUUUGAAGGUGCAUAAACCCUCCAAAGGUAAGGCACCCGCUGCACCGCAGCAAACCCAAUCAGCUAAGCAUCCGCCCUUAAAGACUAGUGAAGCCCUAAGGCAAGUUUUGUUGUUUUCGAAGAGAUCCAAAUCUUCAGGGGAGCUCUUGCCACAUUGUGAUGAGUACACCACAGUGGAACCACGUAAGUAUUACCGCAGGUUGGAGGAAAGCGAUGAGCACUCGCAACGACAGCAAUUGCAGUACAGGGAACGAUUUAUAGAUGGUGCUACUCUAUUGGCAAAUGUGGCGGGCAAUAGAAUUCAACAAACGGUUGAAAUCUAACACAACUCAGCUAGGGAACAGUAGAAUGCCAAUGAUAUUUGCAUUUACAACAAAACUAGACUGCAACAGAAUUAAAUUGCUCAAAUUUAUUUUAUUUUUAUGACCUAUUUAUAAGCUACCAAGACCUAAAAAGGUUCCUUAUCGUAAGACAAUUACCUUCUUUACAAAUUUAACCUAUUAUGAUGAUGCUGCCUCAAAAAUUAGUAACUACCAAGAAGGUCGGUGAGUUUUAGGGGGUAACCAUUAUUACUUCUGCUGCUCUUUAGCAUAAAGCUGGUCUCACGCAAACAGGUGGUCUCACGCAAACAGGUGAUCUCACGCAAACAGCUGUUAACAGCCGGCCAGGUUUGACGGUAUUAAGAUAUCAGAUUUUUGAUUGCAUUCUCUCUGUUGUUAUUAUCUUUCUCGCUUAUUCUGUGCUCAUGUACGCGCACGUAUACACACACGCACACCAAUUUUUUUUGUGUGUGUUUUGGCAAAACGUCGAUUAGCUUGAUGACAGUUUGCACCAUAUGAAUUGUGGUUGUUAAAGAAAUGAGACCACCUUUAAUUGCUUCGCCAUGCAGAUAAUCAUGCUGUUGGCAGUAACUCUUUAAGGUCCUUGCUUAGGAACUAUCUACCGGAAUUUCCUAAACACUCUCAUUCAUUACCAUUGCUCGAAGUCUCUUCUAAAUCCAAAAACAUGUCUAUAAUGGAACACUAUUCCAAAAUACUUACAGGACCGAAUCGUUUCAUUUCCAACAGGAGCUUCAGACAAUUCUCCACAGGAAUGUGAACGGAAAGUAAAAACCCUUCUGUUUACAAGUGCAGUACGGUUUUUCGACUCACUGCAGCUUGAGCAAAAAUCAUUCCUGAAUUUUUAAGCCUCUCAAUAUUUUGUUAAAUGCGGACAGUUUCUAGUCUUUACGAACUCUAUGACUGAUACAAUUGAUCUAGAAACGAUACCAAGGUAAUAUGUUUGAUCUAAAAAAACUGCGCCUAUCCGGCACGCCCUCACUUAUGUGAAUCCUUGGAGCGCCGGUCCCACAUAUCUCAGUGUAUACUCUGUGAAUGCCAACCAGAGAACUGCAUGGCACUCAAUAGCCACUUUGGUUAAAGCAAUUGUCUGUAUCGCAUGCCACAUAAAAACAAAGUUAACUGGAAACACACGCACAAAUGCAAUAGAGUGAGAGUUGCGCAAACGUUUUAGUAAUCGUUCAGUGGAUGUGAUUGUAGACUUGGUCGACGGACAUCGUGCGUUGUUUGCAAAUGAACACCACACAGAUGAGUGCCAUAUGAAGCCAAAGUAAGCAGAGGAAUGAGACAUCAAAUUGUGUUGAUCGACAUAGAUAUACUCCGUUGUUUUUUUGGAUGAGAAUAACUUUUAUCAGUGAUUCACGUGCUGCCCCUCUCCGCCUGUUCAAAAGUGGCAGACUUACUUCCACUUUUUUCUUUACCCAAGCCCUUACA